AUGAUGGAUAGUGACACUUGUUUAUCUGGUUUUUUUGAGGAGUGUGAAUUUGGCGAAACUCAGGACCUUGCCUGCUCCGAUGACCUCUUUAGUAUUUUCGAGACUUUAGAAGGUGUUUUGGCGUUUCCUCCAUUAGAUGAAACUGUUUUGGGCUCCAAAGAAGGUGAUCAAGAGACGAGGACACGGUUAGUUUCACAGAAAUCUACGUCUUCAAGUGCUUUUCAGGAGUCUGAGACAGAGCCUGAAGCUUCACCACAUUCCAAGAGACAGAAGCUCACCGGAGCCACCUUGGACCAGCGACACAAAAUUUCUCACAUAACGGUGGAGAGGAAUCGGAGGAAGCAGAUGAAUGAGCAUUUGUCAGUCUUGAGAUCCCUAAUGCCUUGCUUCUAUGUCAAAAGAGGAGAUCAAGCUUCGAUAAUAGGAGGGGUUGUGGAUUAUAUCAAAGAAUUGCAGCAGGUUCUACAGUCAUUGGAAGCGAAGAAGCAACGCAAAGUUUACAGUGAAGUUCUAAGUCCUAGGGUUGUUUCAAGUCCAAGACCCUCACCACCAGUACUCAGCCCUAGAAAACCACCUGUAAGCCCAAGAGUGAGCUUACCGCCAGUGAGCCCAAGAACCCCACAACCAAGUAGCCCUUACAAGCCUAGGCUGCAUCAGCAAGGUUACCUCUCUCCCACCAAAUUAGUUACUUCACUCGAACAGUCUUCUUCUUCCUCCACUUCCUCCAUUGAUCAUAAUAUUAAUGAACUCGUGGCUAAUUCAAAAUCAACAAUUGCUGAUGUGGAGGUGAAGUUCACUGGCCCUAAUGUCCUCCUAAAAACUAUAUCUCCUCGGAUUCCUGGGCAAGCCACGAAGAUAAUUUCCGCACUCGAAGACCUCUCACUUGAAAUCCUCCAUGUGAGCAUUAGCACCAUUGACGAAACUAUGCUCAAUUCAUUCACCAUCAAGAUUGGAAUUGAAUGCCAACUUAGUGCUGAAGAACUAGCUCACCGAAUUCAGCAAACGUUCUUCUAAGUUUACUAAAGCUUAUUUGUUUCAGUCCAAACCCUAACACUCUCUUUCGAUCUCCAUCUCUUCCUUCUGAAGCUGUAGUAAUAAAAGAGAAUGUGGUGAGGCAUUUACCA